CAACCCAGCUAACCUGAAAAUGUACUCUACAGAUUACCCUCGGCUUCAAAACGAUUACCAAAACUCUGUUUACUUACAAGACCCAAAGGCUAUUCCAAGGGUCUCUAAAAGACCCUCGGGAGGCAAAUACAAAAAUGGAAAGUUAAUGAACCGGAGGCUGAAAUCCGGCCAGAGCAAUAAUCGGCCUAACCUUAAUGCAUACUCUGUUGGUUCUACCUUCAUGGACCUCAAUUAUGGCAGCCAAAAGAGGAAAGUGCAGAAUCGGGGAAAGUCCAUGAAGAAUAAAGGGAAGCCUAAAGAUAAGCCCUAUACAGCCCAGAACGAGGUGAGGCCGUCUUAUUUAAACGAGCAACCUUCAGAGGGAAACAUAAAAGAGUCCUAUAUUGCUAAUAUUAAGCAAACAAUUGAGAAUGAAAACUAGAGAAGAUAAUAAUUCUAGUACUAUCUCUGAAAUAGCUAUCGCUAAAGGUGCUCUACCUAGUGUUGACCAUGAGAAAUCAAAGAAAAAGAUAGACGAUCUGAUGUUUAAACCUUAUUACGAGCAAUCUGAGCAGAUAAUUGCUAAAAGCAAAAAGUUAGCACUAAAAAGUCGGGAUUCCAAUAUGCAUAACCCUCAGUGUAAUAAUAUGCCUAACAUGACGACAUUUGACAACAGAGUUACGGCAGAACAAGACAAGCUUAUAUCUAAUAAAGGCAGAGCUCAAGGUAAACCUGUGCCUAAUCAGAGUAUGAGAAAUUUAAAUCAGGAUGAAGAGGUACUCCCAGUUUAUAAAAGAAGGGUAUACCAGAAAGGUCCUAUUAAGAUAGGUGACAAAAGUUAUAUGAAAAGGCCUCUUAAAACUCAUUAUGCCUCUAAAAGACAGAAUAAUUGGGUCCAUGGACAGAUUUAUAUGUCAGGAGAAGAAACAAACAUCCCUCUUAAUAAUUAUCAACCAAUUAAAGUAAAGCCUAAUAGAUCAGGGAGACAGCAGAAUGAUUUUAGGAUUAACAGAAAUUACAGCAAAGUUAGAGGAAAGACUGCACAGGGACCAAGGAACCAAACCCGUAGCACUCUGGCUACCUCAAAUCCUAAUGGCUCUAAGAAACCUUCUUCCACUCUUAAUGCAAAGGAUAAUGUGCCAAAUCUCAAGACUCGAAAGGCUAAAAAUCCUCAAAAAUAGGUCUUAUAGCCAGCACCAAGAGAAGAUAAAGAAGAGCUCUGAAAAGAAGAGAGGCAGUAACCAUACUUCAUCCAGAAAAUUUCAGAAAGAACAGAAGCUUGAGUCUGAUUCCUCCAAGAAGAUAGAUCAUCACCAGAGAGAAGAAAGUAAAGAUUUUAUAGAAAAAGGCAUCGAAAAUGGAGAUGACGUGGAGUCCAUGAUCAAGAUGGCAGAGGCCAAGAUCAAAGCAACAGCUGAAGCUAUGCUAGAUAUCCACAUGGCAGAUGAAGAACUUGAUAAGAAAAUUGGAGCUCUUAAUGAUUUUGAAUCUAGUCAUGAUAAACCUCAGAAGGAAGAUGAUAAUAUACAGGAUCAUAUAAAACAGAAACCUCAGCCAAUGACUAGGCAAGAGAAGAUAGCUAAUAUUGUAAAUGAUCUUGUUGCCAAAAAUACAGACCUUAAGAUCCCAGAAGAUUAUUCUGAGCCUGACGAGCCUGAAGAAGAUGAAGAGGAAGCUGAUGAGGGUAUCAUAGAAAAUAAGAAUACCCUCAUGACAUUUACUGAUAAAGGUCUCGAUUCUAUUAAAGAACAAGUUACUGAAGAGAUUCAUAACACAUCGGUUGAAGACUCCCUUGAAUAUUCAAAGCAGCAAGAUAAGAUUUCUAAUCUUUUUGAGACGCAACAGAAGAACACCAGCGGGAAUAAAAUUGAAGAUACUCCUGCUUUUGGCUCAAAAGACCCGUUUUCAAGUUUUCUGUGUAGUAACGAGAUCUCAACUCAAAAGAAGGAAAGACCAAUUGCUAACAAUAAGAUUGCAAAGCCAAUCUUUGAAGAGGAAGUUUCUAAAAAUAUUCUACCAGAAUUUGAUCAAGAUUACGAUAUAGAAAAGAUAAUCAAGCUACAAUCUCUGUUCAGACAAAUUCUUGCUGAAAGAAAGUUGAAAGAGAUGAAGCAAAGAAGUUAUAUAAUAAAGCAGCAGAGGUCACUUUCUAGUAAUAAAAGGAAAAUUAUUGCUCUCAGGACUAUCACUCAUGUUUGGCUGAUGUACAAAGAAGCAAAAAUAGCUGCUCAAAAAUGAACAUAUCUUGACGAAAAUGCUAAAGAAAGCCCAGAAGAGCCAUACCAUUACUACUGAGAUACCAUGGCUGAUCUGAAAUUUAUUGAGGUUCAGUUCAGACAAAGAAUAUUCAAGAAGACUAGGGAGUACCUCAAGACCAUUCCUUAUGAGUGAAGGCAGAGCUAUGUCAAACUGAUUGACUGUAAGAUAUAUCAGCGGGAGAUCAAUAAUCGACUUAAAGUCAUGAAAAAGGUCGCUGAUGCCAAAAAGAAACUGAUAAAUUAUUAA